AUGAAUCCUCCUUCACCACCUCUAUCAAUUGCCAAGAGGGCAGCCAACGUCUCCUGUGGCGCUGACCCACGAAUGCCGGUCGGCGCUUGGGAUUCACAUCUUCACAUCAUGGACCCCAUGCGUUAUCCUCCAGUCGAAAACAUUCCCUACAAGCCCGCCGUUCAUAACCUCUGGGAGAACGCGAUUUUCGAGAACAGCAUCGGGUGCGACCAUGUCUUCUUCGUUCAGACCGCAACGCAUGGAUAUGAUUUGACUCUCAUGCUGGACUCUAUGCGUGCGGUUGGGAAUAAACGAGCCCUGGGUCUUGCAUUGUUUGACCCAAAUACCACUUCACAUGAGCAUAUUCGCAGAUGGGAUAGCGAAGGUGUUCGUGCUGUACGCGUCAAUCUCGUGACGUAUGGUGAUGACACUCCUAUCGAUGAGCUCAAGAGCCAGAUCAACAAGUACGUCAACCUUAUCAAGCCUUUCGAUUGGGUUCUUCAGUUGUACACCAAAAUGGAGCGCAUUGCCGAGCUGGAAGAUUUCUUGCCUGCUCUUGGUGUGCGCGUUGUCUUUGAUCACUAUGGCGACCCAAGUCUUCCGAAGUCAACGGGUCCUGUGAACCCCUACGACAUCAAGGGCUUCCAAUCUCUGGUCCGCCUUUUGAAGACUGGGACGACUUGGGUCAAGAUAUCUGGCGCGUACCGCCUCAGCCAUCUUGAUUCUGAUAUCUGGGAGGAUCUCGACCCUGUCACGUUGGAGCUCUUCGAGCAAGCCCCAAAGCGAGUUGUUUUUGGCUCAGACUGGCCUCACACACGAUUUGAAGGUUUAGACGUUAGGCCUUGGGUGUCUCACUUACUGGAUUUGACCGAAGGAAAGCAAUGGCUUCGGGAGAGACUCUUCAGGGAUAACGCUUUGGAGCUUUGGGGAGUGAAUAAGACGCAGAGUACCUGUCAUGGAGACAGAUGA